UCUCUGAGACAGACCGAGCUGCUGUCAGUCGACUGUCUUCCUCUUCAUCGUCUUCACCCCCCCGGGCAGUUUCCCUCUUGAAUUUGCUCAUCGCUGGUGCCAACACUUUAAAUCCUCAGCAUGCACGGGCUGGCGGCGUGGAGCUGGUUGUUGCUCUGCUGUGGAGCAGCAGGCGUGUCCGGCCUGAGGAGAGAGUACUUCCUCAGGAUCGAGGAGGUGUCGUGGAACUACGCCCCGAGCGGGAUGAACAUCAUUCAGAACCGCACCCUGGACGAGGACGAAGAAGCCUCUGUUUUCCUAAAGCGAGGCCCCCAGCGGAUCGGCCCCACCUAUAAGAAGGCUGUUUAUAAGCACUACAGCGACGCCACCUACAGGAUAGAGGUGGUAAAGCCGGACUGGCUGGGCUACCUGGGACCUCUGCUGAUGGCCGAGGAGGGAGACACAGUGACAGUCCACCUGAAGAACGCUGCGUCCAGACCUUACAGCAUCCACCCACAUGGACUGAACUACAGCAAGGGCAACGAGGGAGCCCUCUACCCAGAUGGCACAAGUCCAGAGCUGAAGCGGGACGACUCUGUGGCUCCUGGUGCAUCCAUGACCUACGAGUGGACCCUCCCGGAAAUCCACAGCCCGACUAGUGACGACAGCAGCUGUCUGACCAGAUUCUACCACUCUCAUGUCAGCGCUCCAAAGGACAUCAACUCAGGACUUAUAGGACCACUCAUUAUCUGUAAAAGAGGAACCCUGGACUUACAUGGUGACAAGUCCGGCGACUACCUGUACGCUCUGCUGUUCAUGGUGUCGGACGAGAACUUCAGCUGGUACCUGGACGAGAACAUCAACAGGUACAUCACCAAUCCAGCCACCAACCUGAAGGAGGACGAAGACUUCAUAGAAAGCAACAAGAUGCACGGUAUAAACGGCUUUCUGUAUGGUAACUUGCCUGGACUGAGUAUGUGUCAAGGCAACACAAUCCACUGGCAUUUGUUUGGAUUAGGGAACGAGGUGGACAUGCACUCAGUCCAUUUCCACGGGCAGAUCCUGACCACUCAGUACCAGCACACAGACACCAUCAGUCUGUUCCCAGGCCUCAGCUCCAUGGCCCAGAUGACCGCAGAUAACCCCGGGCACUGGCUGCUGACGUGCACGGUCAACGACCAUCUGAUGGCUGGAAUGCAGGCGAUCUUUGAAAUCAAGAAGUGUUUCCCCAACGUCCACAAGCCCCGGCCUCAUGGUGAACUCAGACAGUUCUUCAUCGCUGCUGAAGAGGAGGUCUGGGACUAUGCUCCUGUAACACCCACUGAAGGUGAGGCAGACAGUUUUGUAACCAGAGGUCCAAACCGCAUCGGAAGCCGCUACAAGAAGGUUCACUACGUGGAAUACACUGACAACACCUUCCUCACCAAGAUGCUACGCAGCCCAGAGGAGAAACACCUCGGAAUUCUGGGUCCGGUGCUACGAGCUGAAGAGCGGGACACCAUCAAUGUGGUGUUCAAGAACAAAGCCAGCCGGCCGUACUCCAUACAGGCGCACGGUGUUCAGUACGACGUGGAGCAGGACGGGACGCUCUAUUUCAAUGAACCUGAAGAGACUCACACAGCCAAGAAACUACGGGAGCUGAAGAGGGAACCAAGAGUAGUGACUCCUCUACCAGCGGCUCUGGUCAAACCUGGGACGAUGCACACCUACGAGUGGACGGUGCCGGUUGGUGCUGGUCCGGUGAGUGGGGAGGCCGACUGUCUCACGUACCUCUACUACUCUGCAGUGGACCCUGUUAAAGACACCAACUCUGGACUGGUGGGACCCCUCCUCAUCUGUGGACAAGGAAAACUGAAGAAAGGAGUACAGAAAAACUUUAAUAAGGAGUUCCACCUCAUGGCAACGGUGUUCGACGAGAACCUGAGCUGGUACCUGGACGAAAACAUCAACGCCUACGCCACUGCUGCCAGCACUGUAAACAAGGAGGAUGAGGGCUUCAUGGAGAGCAACAAGAUGCACUCCAUCAAUGGGUUUGUGUACAGGAACCUCCCCGGCCUGACCAUGUGCAAGGGGGACAAAGUAACGUGGCACCUGUCGGGACUCGGCUCGGAGACGGACAUCAACAGCCUUCACUUCCAGGGAAACCGCUUCAUCUAUCGCCAGAACAGACGAGACACCAUCAGCGUUUUCCCUCACAUCUCGCACACGGUCACGAUGGAGCCAGACAGCAUGGGUCAGUUUGAAGUGGUGUCUCCGACAGUGAUGCAUUAUCGAGGCGGCAUGAGAGCCAACUACACAGUCAGGAAGUGCACCAUCUUUUCGCGGCAGAGCGAGGUCAUGCUCCACUCGAAAACAUACUACGUCGCCGCCAUAGAAAUAGACUGGGACUAUGCUCCCAACCGCACCUGGGAGGCCGAGAUGUUCCGAGGUCAAGACAGUCCGGCUCCUGUCUUCCUGGACAAGCAGGGGGGCUUCAUCGGCUCCAGGUACAAGAAGGUGGUGUACCGCCAGUUCACCAACAGCAAAUUUACCAAGCAAGUGGAGAGACUGGCCGAUAUGGAACACCUGGGAAUUAUGGGGCCGAUGAUACACGCUGAUGUUGGGGACAAGGUGUCUGUGGUUUUCAAGAACAUGGCGUCCAGACCUUAUUCUAUUCACGCCAGUGGAGUCAAGACAGAGGUCCCUGAGGUCCACCCCACCCCACCAGGUGAGACUCACACCUACAACUGGUACGUUACAAAGAACACAGGACCAACCCCUCAGCAGGAGGAUUGUUCUGUGUCGGCAUACUACUCCACUGUGGAUGUUGUCAAGGAUAUGUACAGCGGGCUGAUUGGUUCGCUGGUGAUUUGUCGCCGUAGCUUCGCUAGGAGUCUGGGACUAAAGAAAGAGGUGGAAGAGUUCGCUCUGCUUUUCCUGAUUUUUGACGAGAAUGAAAGCUGGUAUCUGGAUGAGAACAUCAGGACCCAGAUCAGAAGCCCUCGCCCAAACUUAAAGGACGAUGAAACUUUCAUUGAGAGCAACAAGAUGCACGCCAUUAAUGGUUUCAUGUACGGUAACCUGAAUGGUCUGACCAUGGAGGUGGGGGAUAAGGUGUACUGGUACCUGAUAGGAAUGGGCAGUGAGGUGGACAUACACACAGCACACUGGCACGGACACAGUGUGCAAUAUAAGCUCGGCGGAGAUUCUCACAACACGGAUGUGUACGAUCUGUUUCCAGCAACAUUCCAGACGGUGAAGAUGCGUCCUCAGUUUCCUGGCACUUGGCUUCUCCACUGUCACGUCAAUGAUCACAUUAAAGGUGGCAUGGAGGCCAUGUACACUGUGACUGAGAAAGCGAAGGAGAAGGGAUUCUUUGGCUGGACGGGUCGAGGAAAAUAAAUCCAUAUUGAAAAAAACAUGUAACAUAUAAUAAAACACAUGUAUAAAUUCA